AUGGCCUUGUCGUUUCGCCGCCGAAGCCUGACCCGGGUCGCAUAUAUCGUCGGCCUCGCUAUUGUCGCGAGACUACUCGUUAUAUAUACAUCUUCUUCAAGCAGCGGCCAAGAUGACUUGGAAAUUAGGGAGCAAAAUUAUCUGGACAAGAUAAGGGUGGCAGGCGUUGGCGGCCUCACAGGAGCCGGCGGCGCGUUGGAUGUCCAGAGGCACAAGUUCCUGCAGGUCAGGUUGGGACGGGACGAGAGGGAAGAUAUGUUGGACAAGGAAGUCAGGGAUGGCUACCUUGACUUCUGGCAGCGAUAUGAAAUGCCUUACAUCACCAGCGAGGAAACAUCUCAGAUGGACGCCCAAGGCGUCCUGCGCUCCAUUGAACAACUCCUCUCCCUCAAUGGUUGGGUUGCCGCACUUUGUCCGACGCUGUCCCGCCCUUUCGGACAAAACAAGAACAGCGCUCUGUCUGACUCGUGGGAUGACCUCGCGCGGUCAGACCGCCUGUACUACAUCGCUAUCGUCAUCCAUUCGGCGGAUCACUUCCUCGUUGACCAGCUCGCGGUCAUCGUCCAGCUUGCGAAGCGACUCGGCACGCAGAAUGUCUUCGUCUCAAUGCUCGACUAUUCAUCGACCGACUCCACCGAAACACUGACCGAUCUUUGCGAGGCUGUACUCACCCUCCUUGGCGUGCCAUUUCGCAUCCGUCGUGUUCCAGGAAUGACUGUCGACCCCGCUGCUGCGUACUAUCCUGCCGAGGAGGCGCACAUGCGCAAUCUUGCGCUCGAACCGCUACGCGAGCUUUACCAAAGAAGGGACGUCAAGUUCCACAGAGUCAUCUGGCUCAAGGGCUUCACCUGUCCCAAUGACAUCCUCGAGACAAUCAAAGUCAGUCUUGCGAAUGACGCGGCGAUGGUGUGCGGGAUGGACUGGGCAGAACAUAAUGGAUUUUAUAUCUUCUCUGACCGAUGGAGGACAAGAGAUAUCGACGGAGACCAAUUCCGUCAGUCAAAGUCGUCCUCCAAGCCCGAUGCCGGCCCGCCGCGCGACAAGGUCGGUAGCGAGCGCUACGCACAACACCUUCCCUUCCAAGUCUUCUGCUGCGAGUCUGGGACGCACGUCGUCGACCCUGCGCAGAGCUACUACGAGGGCAUUUCGUAUCGGUAUGGCGAGGAUUUCUUCAACGCAACGGAGGCCGUCUUGGGCGGACCGCCCCAACGUGAUCCCGCCGCGCCGUGCCUCGAUUCCAGUCAGGCGUACUUCUGCCGGGAUCUAUGGGUUCAUCAGGCGCAGGAGGGCAUGCGCGACGUCGACGCGGAGAUUGAGGCUGCGCGUAGGAAGGAUAGAAGCCGGAAUAACGGCAAGAAGGCCAAGGCAAGGAGACAGGUUGAACAGGUGGAUGAGGAACUGUUGAUGGACGGGGAGCCGGAUGCAGCGCCCAUCGAGAAAAAGCCAUUUGUGAAGCCGGAGCAGAAAGUGGGCGGCGUUGUGGGCGGCGGGGAAGGGGACACUGACGAGGUCAGGGAGGAUGCGGCGGAUUUGCGGAAGGAUAAGCAAGCACAUGAAGAUGCGAAUGUCGGCUCCGACUUCGAUGCCAUGCCUGAAACCGAAGAUGAGGACGCCACGGAGGGCGAAGGGGACGAAGAUGAGUGGGAGGAAUACCAGGGCAAGCUCAGUAUCCCGAACAACGUCUUCAGGCCCGCGAGGAUACUGGUCAAUCCGCGAUGUGUUACGACCUACGCGGGAGUGAGUCAUACACAACUUGCUCUCGACUUGUUUGGAGGACCGGAGGAGCAAGACGAAGGCGGCCUGAGUAGGGGUAAGUAUGUGCUUGAGGACUGGGAAGGCGCGCCUAGUUCUUUCGUAUGCCAGGAACAGAGGUCCACCGGAGGGAGAAAAGCAACAAAGACACAGCGCCGGCUUGGUUUCUCGAUCCAUGAAGAGCUGGAGAAGGCAUCGUCUAUUCACGAGGAAUGAUUGAUCGGGCAUCUUGGUACGCGAGGGUCUAUAUAAGAGACUCGUCUGACUCUUUCAGUGACAUUUGAAUGUUGGGGCAUAGACGGAAUAACAACCAAGUCCCUCAGGGUGCUAUGUGUGGAUGGGUGCCGCGUAUCAUAACAUUCAUUAGUAUCGUUUCUUGCCGUCGCUAUCGUGGAUUCCUGGGUAUACUACUUGUACAGAUUGUUACUCUUGCAUAGGCCCCCUUGGGAUGCACAUGCAUGGCUGUUCAUUCCGCAUCCAUUGCAAGUCGUCCAAUGCCAGGAAGACAUGC